CUGAAGCCGAGGUCAAAAUAAUGACGCCAAUUGUAGCACAGAUAUUGUCAAUUCAAAUCUUCCUUUCUCUCAAAAAUAUUCACCCGUUAAAGUGACAAACAGCCAUCUAUCAGGCUUCCAUAUCGCUAGAAGCAUCAAUCCCUCUCCAAACCUCUUGAUAUCAACCAGAUACGGUCUUCGAUUUUUUCGAAUCCGUUACCAUGGUCAAAGUCGGCGACUCCCUGCCCUCCGGCACCAAAUUCACCUACGUCCCUUACGACCCCCAGACCGAGUCCCUCACAGCCUGCGGCCUCCCGAUAAGCUACGACGCAUCCACUGAAUGGGCUAACAAGAAGGUCGUCCUCUUCGCCGUCCCCGGCGCCUUCACACCAGGCUGCUCAGCCCGCCACCUCCCUGGCUAUAUCGAAAAGCGCAAGGACUUCGUUGCCAAGGGUGUCGAUAUCGUCGCCUGUAUCGCCUACAACGAUGCUUUCGUCAUGAGCGCCUGGAGUAAGGCCAACAACAUCAAAAACAGCCCCGAGGAGAUACUGUUCCUUAGCGACGGCGAGCUAGCGUUCAGUAAGCAUAUUGGAUGGACGAUGGGCGAGCGAUGUGCAAGGUAUGCGCUGGUGAUCGAUAACGGAAAGAUUGUGUAUGCGGAGAAGGAGGAGGCUCCGAAGGAAGUUAGCGUUAGCGGCGUUGAUGCUGUGCUCGCAAAGUUGUAGAUGAGCCUCCUAGAUACUACAUGUAGUUUCGGAGAUAGGAUUCAAUGAGCAUACAUCGAAUUCCACGCUGUUUGAUGUCCUUGAUGAGCCGCUUCUGUUUCUCUUCCCGUAGUGCCGUUUGUCCUCCCAGUGUCUGGGCCAGAAAUCUCCCUGCUGAAGACUGAUUGAAUCCGAGGAUUGAACAGACGCGUAAUGGUAAGCAACAGU